AUGUAUGAGUGCGAAUGCGGUCAAAGAUUGAUGUCAAUUGCUUGUAAGAGUAAGCUGAUAUUAGACGAGCGUUAUGUUUUACCUCCACUAAGCUUACUGCUACAAGGCCUCAAUCAUGCGCUCAUCGCUGGUACGCGCACUCAUGUAACCUGCACUGCUGUUGGAGCCAGACCAGCACCACAAAUUGUCUGGACUAAAGGGGGCCAGGUGGUCAAGGGGGCAACACACUCGACUUCUAGCGAUGGCAACACCACCAUCUCCGAGUUGAUGCUUAUACCGGUGCCCGAGGAUGACGAACGUCAAGUAGUCUGCUCCAUUUCAUUAAAUCCAUCUAUAACAUCACAGCAACUGCACGAGGGCGAUACCACAGUGUUGGCAUCACUGAGCAAUGGCAAUAUGGGAUUAUAUUUAAAGGAUUCGCGCGUGCUGAAUGUGACACACGCGCCCAUUGUCUCACUCCGCCUAGGCGCUCCUUUGGAUCCCAACAACUUGCUUAAGGGCUCUGAUGUCUACUUGGAAUGCGAUGUAAAGGCGAAUCCAAGCCUAACACGGGUCGAGUGGUAUCACAAUGACAAACAACUUCAUCUCUCCCGCGGCGUUAUUAUUUCCAAUCAAACGCUGGUACUGCAAGGCAUAUCGAAAAUUUCGCAUGGUCAAUAUUUCUGUCGUGCCACCAACUUACAGGGCAGUGUGUCCAGCAAUGAAGUGUACCUCGAUGUUAAAUACCCGCCCGUAUGCCAAGCUGAGUCGACCACCAUACGCGCCGCACUCAAACAGACCAUCAACAUUACGUGCCAAGUGGACUCGAAUCCACUUGAUAAUCUAAAUUACAGAUGGCAUUUCAACAACUCACUGGAGAGGCUCAUCGAAUUGCCCGCAGCGCAGGCGACAGCACCGGCCACUAUGCCGCUACUGCUGUAUCCGGAUAGCGCAGCUGCUGCGGCUGUAGCUGCUGGAGGUCACACAUCCGCCGGAUUUUAUCAGCGAGGCAAGCGGAAGCAUGGUCAUGCACAAAAAUUUCUGCUUGGUCGGCAUGGACGUGUUGCGGCUGCCAGCAGCGUUUUGGACGGCCGAUGGUCGUCCAACAUACGCUUCGAAGAUGCCGACGAACCAAUACCGCCCACUCAAUAUGUCGAUGAGUAUGAUGAUGGCGAGUUGAUGGACAACAACGACAGCGAGAACGAUGAGGAUGAACGCGACUUAGUAGAGCAGGAGGAGGAACAGUUGUUGUAUGAAGAACAGCAUGCAGCGCAUGGACCGCACACACAAAUGGUAUAUUCAAAUAUGAUUCAUAAAAAUCAUUUAGAUAACCGGCAACAACAACAACAACAACAACAGCAUAUGUUAGCAUGCAUAUAUCAGCAACAAGGCCGCAUGGCCGGUGGCGGUGUUGUGGCAGGCGCUGCCCAUGAAGUGCUCCCGCAUGGCAAUCAAUUUCAGUUGGCCGAGCGCAAACGUCUAACGGCAGCGCAGCAUAAGAAACAACACCACCGCCUAAUGGGCGCAGGGCCAAUGACUACACAGCCGCCAACGGCGCCACCACUCAAUAACGUCUACAGCUAUCACAUAGAUUCGUACGACAGCUUUGGCGCAAUCUCGUGCAUGGCCAGCAAUGAGAUGGGGCACAGUGGGCCCUGCUGGUAUCACAUACAGCCGGCAGACUUCCCCGAACCAGUGAAGAAUUGCACGGCCUACAACGCCACCGCCAACUCCAUACAAAUCCAGUGCAUGCCCGGCUACGAUGGCGGCAUACCGCAGCACUUUCACGUGCAAGUCAAGGACGAGCUCACCAACCAAAUACUCUACAACACCUCUUACAAGUAUGCCGAUUUCACAGUGAAGCGACUGCCCAGCGAUUCGGUCUUCGUGAUACGCAUCACGGCGGUGAAUGCGCAUGGUCCCAGCAAAUCGGCGUAUCGAGUGCGUGAACGCACACUAUCGGCGCCACUACUGCGCACAGCUUCCUCUACAGCGGUACUGGUACAACUUACACCACUGCUCGGCGCACUGCUGGGCAUUUUCGGUACGGUAGUGCUGAUAGCCAUCUGCAUAGUAAUCUUUCUGCGUGUACGUCCGAAAACAACGCGUCGUCCGAAUAGUGAUACCACUACAACGGAUGCGGAUAAGGGCAGCGCCGAACCGCUGUCGCGCAAUUUGGGCAGUCAUUCGAGUUUGGAGGAUAAAAAUCCGGAUGUAGUGCCUCAAGAGGCGAAUAGUGAGGACGAAUUUCAUUUGGAGGAGAAGGCAUUCGAUCGCUUGAAUAUGGAAUCGCAGCGCAUACUCUACACGCCACCGACGCGCAUUAGUACGGCAUCGCCGCCACCGCCGUCUCUAUCGCCCGCGUUUGGCAAGCAGUAUGGUGAACUUUCGCUCACCACCAAUCCCGCCUACAGCCUCUACAAUACACCACAACGCGCGCCUGCUGCCCAACGCCCAGUCUAUACCGCGCCACCACCACUACUCUCCACACGCACUCCACCCAACAUUUACACGCGCAUACCCGGUCGCUCUUACCUGCCCGCCUAUGAGACGCGCACCUCACCCACCUCCCCCUAUGGGUCGACAACCACUUGCACCAUGCCACUACUGGGCGGUCAAUCGAACGGCUCCUUGCAGACGAAUAGCAGCACACAGGGCAGCUGCUCGGGUGGUGUAGGCGCCGCCGGUGUUUGCGGCAGUCUUAAUAGCAACGCUAGCAGCGGCAUGCAUUGUAAUACACUACCCCAUCCAGGCGCCUUGCAGCAUCACGCCUCGAUGGCAGCAGCAGUCGCAGCGAUGGCUUCAAUGGCAACAAAUGGUAUACCAACCGCGCUCACCUCAUCGAUGACAUCGGGGAAUAUAAGUCUCGCCGCUACACAAACCCUGCUCACCUCACCGCGCACGCACAAUGCAGCCACUGGUGGCGGCAUGGGUGCGCUAUCGCUAAGUGGCAUGAAUAUGGGCACGGGUGCGGUUGCCGGUGCCGGUGCGGGUGCCGGUUCGGGUGUUGCCAUGGAUACGACAGCAAUGUCGUCCGCUACAACAACGUCAGCCGGCACACCGCUGCUCAACUCAUCAUCAGCGCUGCUGGGUAGCGGCAACUAUGAGACAGUGGGCUCAUGAGAAUUACCGAAAGAGGACAUUAAGUGUCAGUUUGUAUGCAUCGGUGGGAGCAGUACGUGUACGAGCAACACGGAGCGCACCACAAUCGUCUAGUGUGACAAUCGCUUGGAAGGGGAGCCGGCAGGAGGAGAAGCUGAUGCCAAAAUUGGCGCAUUGUGUAAAAACUUGUAAUUUAAAUAUUUAGUAAGUGAGUAUGUUUAUUUUAAGCAUUUCGUUUAAAAUUUUUUCGCUAAAAAGUUACAAAUCAAUGCUGAGUUGCGGAAUUGAAAAUUUCGUUGUAUUCGCUUAACGCUACCUAAGGUAAAAGCCGGCAAUUUUAAUUCAGGCAUUUUCAAAAGAAAAUAUAACAAUUUCUAAUUUUUACGAAUAUUUUAAAUUAAGAAAAAAUAAAUGUCUAUUUUUGAAAUAUUUUUUUUUCUACAUAUACAUAUAAAUUUUCGGCAUAGUGGCAUGAGUAUGUAUUGCGAUUAUAUUUUCUGAAAAUAGCCUGGGAAGAUUUCUAAUUUUUAAGUCAAGGUGAACAAAAAACAACAAGACUUCCAAACGAAAUAAAUCGUGAAGCGCUGGUAGAACUGGCAGCCAUGUUGUAUGUAUGUAUUGUAAUCCAUGUAGGGUAAUUCACUUAGAAUUAGUUAGUAUACGAAAUUAGGCUUAAAAAAUGAAAAAGUAAAAAAUAAGGCAUAAAAUGAAGUACCUACGCGCAAAACUUAAUUAGUUUGUAUCAUAAGUAUAUACAAAUAUGUUACUAAAUACAGGGUGAGUCCUUGCAAUAGGCACACGACAAUUUAACCGGUUUCGGUUAGUUUUCCUUUGCUAAUUCAGUGUUUAUUAUUUUUCUAAGUUCAAAUUUUUAAAUUUGUACAAAAAUUAAGAAAAUUCGACGAAGUUGCAUCAAA